UUACACAAUGCCUGUGAAAUGUCACCUGGGACCGGCUGAAAAUGUCACAGCAUCGGUUUUCCCAAUUAGCAGAUUAAUUCGAAAUGACAGUUUGAAUAUUCAUCUCACGUGGUCUUCAGUAUUUCAGUACUUAGAGAAAUAGUUUCAGUUCCCGUACGUGACACGAGUUAAUACCUUCUAGGCCUAUAUAACGCAGUGUCACAUUGCACACGAUCCGAAGUUCUGUUUAAUGAAUAACGAGGUCUAAUCGAAACUGUUGCUAUUUAUAUUAUCCCGCUCAGAAGGAUCAUUGAUCUCGCAGAUCUAGUUGAGUGGACGCCCGGCGAUCAUUAAGGAUAUCAGGAGACAUUGAUUUUAAGAUGAAGACCUCAGGACCAACUGAGUUAUGUUUUACGGACAUUAAUGUGACAAUUGAUGCGAAGGAAAUCCUCUCGGAUGUUACUGGAGCAGUCCACAGUGGGGAGAUACUUGCCGUCAUGGGCCCAAGUGGCUCGGGGAAGACAACUCUUCUGAAUUCUGUUGCGGGUAGAGUGGCGAGAAAAUCAGGGGAGAUAACUCUCAAUGGUAACAAACUGACCCGGAGACUGCGGAAAAACAUGUGCUAUGUGAUGCAGGAAGAUGUCUUUUUGUGUAACCUUACACUUAGGGAAACUUUGUAUUUUGCAGCUAUGGUACAGUUACCGGAGAAGAUGUCCUACCAAGAAAAGAUGUCAUGUCUACAAGAUAUUCUAGACGCACUGGAUCUGAACGCGUGCAAAGACACAAGAAUGGGUGGGCCGGUGGAGCGUGGGUUGUCAGGGGGGGAGAAGAAGCGGGCCAGCAUUGGCUGUGAGCUGUUGAUGGAUCCUGACAUCAUGCUGUUGGAUGAACCCACCACUGGGUUAGACUCCAGCACAGCCUGCGACCUGAUGACUCUACUGAAGCGUUACACCUCGGACUACAACAAGACAGUCCUCGUCACCAUACACCAGCCUUCCAGUCGCAUGUUCUACAUGUUCACCAGGCUCAUGCUGCUAGCCAAGGGCAAGGUGGCCUACUUCGGCCAGGCUGACAAAGCUCUGGAUUUCUUUGCUGAUGCUGGGCUGCCGUGCACCCCACACUGCAACCCGGCAGACUUCAUGUUGGAGAUGCUGAAGCGGGACGAUGACACUGUGGGGAGGCUGGUGUGUGGAUCACAAGGGAGCACUUCCAGAAAUGCCAAAGUCAUUAAAUCUACACAACCAUGCCAGGAAGCCAGCUUUGUAUUUACACCUAACCUUGACCCUGACCUUGACCCUGAUCCAGAGCAAGGCAGCCGCUAUCCCACCAGUUUCUGGACCCAGUACAAGAUGCACAUGUGGCGGACGUACAAGCAGUCACGUGGUCGGAUCCUGUCCAUGCAUUCAAUCAUUGGCAUGCUGGCGCUAGCCGUCAUCGUGGGGUUCAUCUGGUUCCAGAUCCCCAGGACGGCGGACUCUGUGAGAGACAGGAUGGGGUUGUUGUUUUUUGGUAUUGGUCACAUGGGCUUCAUCACCAUCUUUGAUGGUAUUGUCUCUUUUUCUGAGGAACGCCCUGUUCACUUGAAGGAGCGAGGAGCUGGAAUGUACCGACUGUCCUCGUUAUAUCUGGCCAAAAUUACCAGUGAGCUGCCCUUGACCUUUCUCCUGCCGGCGUGCUACUUCACCAUCAGUUACUGGAUGGCGGGACUGCGACCCUUGGCCGACGUCUUCUUCGCCUCACUCGCCAUAAUGAUCCUCCAUGUCCUCAACUGUAAGGGAAUUGGUUUCAUGAUCGGGACGGGAAUCUGGAAAUUCCGGCUGGCCCUUACCAUCACCAGCACCACGAUGGUGUCCUUGAUAAUGGUUGGUGGGUUUUACAUAACUAUGAUGCCGCCAUGGCUGUUCUGGUCUCGGUACCUGUCUGUGUUCGGACACACCCUCAGUGCCAUGUUAAUCCUGGAGUUUGCUGACUUCACCCCAAUUCCAUGUUCGAAUGUGACGCUGGACACGUAUCCCCAGUGUGGUCGCAAUGGUACAGAGUUUGUAACGGCAGAGGUAGUGCUGGAGCAGGUCGGGACUGUACUUCCUAUGUACAUGUAUGUUAUGGCCCUCUCCGUAACGCUAAUAGUUUACUUCUCUGCCGGCUACGCAAUUUUUAGGUUUCGUGGAAAACCAAAGUCAUGAGAUGCCUUCAAUCCUUAUAUUGUUGAUUUGUUACAAUCCAUUCCUUCCAGUGAUUACAGAGCAGCUAUUCUAAAACAUGUAUGACAAAUCUUGCCAUCAAUGAGUGAGUGAGUGAGUGAGUGAGUGAGAGGGUGAGUUUGAUUUUUCGGUAAUAUUCCAUCAGAAUAUCAGCAGGGGACACCUGCAGUGGGCCUGGUACAUUAUUUUUGGAGGGGGCACGGGUGGCCCAGUCGUCUCAGGUGCCGCAAUUCACAAUGCAGAUUUGAAUUGCUUGGACCCUACCCGUGCUCGUGGGUUUCAUGAAAGUGGUAAAUGUCUGAGACCUGCAUCACUUCGGGCUGACCUCACACAUCAAGCUGACACGCCCUGACUGGAAUACUGUUCAAAGUAGUGGUGGGACCAUACACCGAUGCACCGGUGAAUCGCGAUUUUCUACUUCGCGAUACAAGUAUCGAUCACAGUCGCACACCAAGUAAAAAAUAUCGAUUCUGACCUUACAUGUUUGCUUUAAUAACUGUCCCAAUAAACACUAAUCAGUAGUGCAAGAGUGAAAACAUUAAUAUUUCCAUCUGUUGCGCCAUACUUGACACUGUCAACUGUAAAUCAUCACUGUGCCAGGUAUUUGGCCAUCCUGUCUAUGAAAAAGAUGGCUUACGCUCCACAGAUAAGAGUGAGUGAGUGAGUGAGUAUGGUUUAGCA